GCGAAGACAUCGGGGUCUCAGUCCCUUCCCUUUAAAUCGGGCUCUUGCCUGUGCAAAGUUUACACUUUCCAUGCCUCCAUCACGUGCAGCUACGCUAGGGCGACCAACGUCGUUAGCAUGUCUAGGUUGCCGGGAAUCGCACCUCAAGUGUGAUGGCGGCAGGCCUGCUUGCGCGCGUUGCGCAUCACGUGGUGCUCCCUGCGCCUAUACACCUUCCCGACGUGGUCGAAGACCUGGAUGUGAGAAGCCUCUGCUCAACGCCGAGCCCACUAACACUAGAACGUCGCCAUACUACGUCCCCGACUUAUCCAGGUGGACGCCAACCAGUAUAUCGAGCCCUGGAGAAUCUCUUGAAGCCGUCCAUGCACUCCACGAGCAAAUACCAGACACUCAGACAACGCUGCCAGUAUCGCUCGAUGGUGUUCUACCACAAGAACGCGAGCAGCUUCUGCAGUGGUCCGAUAACGAGCACUUGGUCAACUUGUACUACCUUAAUUUCCACGCCGGCCAUCCGCUUCUCGUACCGAAGAAUCUUUACUGGAAUCGCGGCUACCCACGGUUCUUAAAGGCCAUGGUCGAAUUUGUAGGGAGUCACUUCUCGUCUGUCAUCGAGAGCGACACAUUAAGAGAAGCUGUGGCAAGUGAGCUCGAGCGAGGAGACCAGAGCACCCCAGAGAUGGUUCAAGCGUUAGUCCUGUACACCAUUACGCUUCUUGGUCGGAACGAGAUUGAUGAGGGCCAAAAGAUGCUCGAACUGGCCAUCACAAAGGCCGUGGAAAUGGGCAUGCAUCGACGGGAAUAUGCUGGCUUGCAUGCGGACAACAACCAAGUAGAAGAGGAGAGCCUACGGAGAACUUGGUACGAGUUAUACAUAUCCGAUGGAUGCAAUGCUGCGUUUCAGCGCAAGUCUUCCUUCAAGACACAUACUAUCAACGCAGACGUCCUGUUGCCUUGCGAGGAAGCUGUCUACGGCAACGAAGUCCAGCCCAUCCCAGCAUCCAAGAGGGAUUUUCAAGCUAGCGUAUUCGCGGACGGCGAAGUCACGUUCUCAUCGUUCAGCUACCGAAUCGAGGCCGUCCGUCUACUGGGUCGAGUGCUGACCAUCACAAGAGCGCACGGCGUGCAGAGGGACCAGGUUCAGGCGGUGGACAAUGCCCUUGCUGCAUUUUUACUUCAUUUGCCAUUCUCAAAAUCAGAGCCAGAAAUCGUCGACACCUACGGCGAGCUGGACGAACUCAUGUUCCAGGCGCAUGUGGUGAUCCAGUAUGCCACCAUUAUCCUACACUUUCCCAGGGGCGACCUGGCAUUUCCCGAUACUUCAACCACGACGAUACCCGGAGCCAGCAGCGCGUUUUUGUGUUCCUGCACGCGACAACAUGUACAUUCCAUCAAAGCGGUCGAUGCGUCAAAAAUCCUCUCGAUGCUCGCUGCCUUCCGGCUUCCAGUCCAAAGACACAGCCCCUUCUUGAUCUAUCCGUUAGCUCUCGCUGCCAUUGUCCAGCUUUCGAUUAGCGCGGCUCAUGUCAGAAGUUCCAGGCAGUGCAUAGAACAGCACAGCGAUCGCGUCAAGUUGAUCCUAGGGGUUCUGAGGUCGUUUAGUCGGCACUGGCCUAUUGCUGGGGUGGUGCUUCGCGCGCUGAACAAAAUGGCUCUGGUAGUGUUUCAGCCGCCUCGUAACGGACGCUCCAGCCCCACAGAGCUAGACACUCUUAUAGGCAAUGGCAUUGACUCUGGUCAGAAUGCUACGGUAGCGCCAGGUAGUCCGUGGAUGGAAAGCUUUGAUGUUCAGGACUUGCAGGAGCUUUUUGGACUGGAUUUUGGUAACUUUUGCCUCGAAUGUUGAUACCCCUUCCUAUCCUACGAUAUUUGUCUGUACUGCAAAAUAUACACGUCAGUCCCUGCUACCACUU